AUGUAAACAUCUAACCAAUUUACUCGACUUUGAAAACCGUCGCGUAUCUUCUUUUGUGUAAUAUUUGUGCAGAGUAAAAUACAAUUCACAACAACAACAAAAAAGUAUAAUCUAGAAGAAUAAAUAAAAAAAGGGCAAAUAAAUAUCAGCGUUCUUUCGUGUUUAUUGCAUUCGCCACAUAUCACAUCCGACACAAAAGGCGUUGUUGUUAUAGAGAAAAAUUUCAGAAAAAAAAAUAAUUAAUAAUAAAUAUAAUGAUGAUAAAAGUUUGAUUAAAUUACGACAAACACACAAUAAAAAGUAAAAAUAAAUAAAUUGAGGCCAUUUUGUUGUAACCGACGACGACGACAUAUUUAUUAUUAUUACAACGAGGAAUUUCAGGAAGAAAUUGUUUUAGCUUUUUGUCGCCCGAAUAAAAAGUUAUAUAAAAAAAAGUAACAAAGGCAAUUGCUAACAUUUAGUAGGCAUUUGUUGCAUCUUUGUUUGACGUUCGUCAAAAAAAAGAAGAAGAAAGAAGAGAAAAAAAGAGAAAGAACAAGAAGACCCCAAGUGUCGAGUUUUGUUCUGUUUUAUUAUUUUAUUUUAUUAUUUUUUGUACGGGAACACAAAAAUCUUCAAUUGUGGAUCUUCUAUAUUUGUUACCCGCUGUUCAGCCGAAGCAGAAUAUGCCUCAACACAAAGCCAUGGAUUAUCGGGAACAGGUUUACAUAGCAGCUCGUGACGGAAAUCUGGUGUUCCUCAAGGGCUAUGUAACAGGUCGAGCACAAGACGACAUCGACUUACUUGUUUCCGCAAAAACUGGCGGCGCAACGCCUCUCCUCAUUGCUUGCCGAAAUGGUCAUUACGACAUCGUCAUGUUCUUGUUAAAGCGUUGCCAAGCCAACGUUGAACAAACGGGCUCCGUAAUUUUUGACGGCGAAACGAUCGAAGGGGCGCCCCCAUUAUGGGUCGCAGCAGCUGCCGGUCAUUUGAACAUCGUCAAACUCCUCGUACGGUAUCACGCGAACGUGAAUAGCACAACAAAAACAAAUUCGACGCCAUUGAGAGCGGCAUGCUUCGAUGGGCAUUACGAAAUUGUCAAGUUUUUAGUGAACAAUGGAGCAGAUAUCGAAGUCGCCAAUCGCCAUGGACACACAUGCCUGAUGAUCGCUUGCUACAAAGGUCAUUACACAAUCGCGGAAUUCCUCUUGAGUCUGAAUGCGAAAGUGAAUCGACGAAGUGUCAAGGGAAAUACGGCGUUGCACGAUUGUGCGGAAUCGGGAUCGUUGGAAAUUUUGCAGUUGUUGUUGAAACAUGGGGCGACGAUGGAUGUCGAUUCGUAUGGGAUGACUCCAUUACUCGCAGCAAGUGUUACGGGUCAUGUCCCGAUAGUAGAGCAUCUCAUUAAACUUCCAACGGUUAGUAGGGAGGAUAAAAUUGCGGCUUUGGAACUCCUUGGUGCCACAUUUGUCGACAAAAAACGUGAUAUGUUGGGUGCUUUGUCAUUCUGGCGACGCGCUAUGGAAGACAGAUAUCAAAACGAGCCAACUUUGCCAAAACCUACCCAAGUCCCUGUCGCGGCAUACGAUUUCGCACGCGAAGUGAACGACAUCAACGCAUUAGACGAACUUGUGAUGGAUCCCGACGAAAUGCGAAUGCAAGCGCUCCUCAUACGCGAACGAAUUUUAGGUCCCGUGCAUCCCGACACAAGUUAUUACAUCCGUUUCCGAGGCGCUGUUUACGCAGAUUCCGGUCGAUUUGACAGAUGCAUCGAACUUUGGACCUACGCUCUCACAAUGCAACAAAAUAUCCUCGAGCCACUGAACCCGAUGACGCAAUCUUCGUUACUUUCGUUCGCGGAAUUGUUCAGUUUUAUGCUUGGCGAGGCAGGAAGACCCGUAACUCGAGGUCGAAUUGUGCCGCCGAUCGAGACGAAAGAUAUGCUGUUAGUAUUUAAUAAGUCAAUUAAGGAAGUAGUGUUAGGACAAGAGAUGCUCCGAAGUAUGAGUGAGGGAAGCGAACGUGAUACGACACUUGUGAACUUGAAUCGUGCUCUAGUCAUUGCGUUGCACAUUGCCUGCCUGUUGGCGAGAUUACUUGAUGACGAAGCUGAUUGCCCGGAGGAGCUCAAAAGUAGUAUUUAUAAAUCUUUGUAUGAAUUAGUGAAGUUAAAGACAAUUGUUCGUCAAGGUCGAACAGCGCUCCAUCUCGCAUGUUAUCGCGAAGCUGCUCUCGUCGGAAGAUAUCCCGCGUGCCAAUUUCCGUCGCCGCAACUCGUUAAAGCACUUCUCCAAGUCGGCGCUGACCCCAAUGCCAUCGACGAAGCCGGAAAUACUCCUUUGCACUUGGCUGCUUUGGCUCAUCCAUGCCCGGCGAGUCUCGCACAAACGCUCGUUCAACACGGAGCUCACUUGGACACCCGAAAUCACGAUGGCGACACAUUCGAAAGUCUGUUACAGGAUCAACAAGUGCACGAAUUGGUGAAUCCGGCAAAACACACAACUCUCGUCUGUUUAGCGGCACGAAUAAUUCGACAGUACGACAUCCCGUAUGAAAAUCAAAUCCCGCGAUUCUUGUACGACGUGAUCGAAUCUCACUAAACAACGACGAGCUCUCCGAAGAAGAAAAAAAAAUUAACAACGAAAAAUCCGUCUCUCAGGUCAAAAAAUUCGCGUCGAGUUUUUGUGUGAUUUUCCGUCGUUUCUACAACGAAACGCGUUGAAAAAUAAUAAUAAAAUUAAUUAGAAAUCUAUAUUGCUUGCAAAUUGUAAUCAUCUUGAGACGCUUGAAUGAUUUUAUUUUGUGAAUAAUUAUUUUUUGUUUUUUUGAUAAAAAAAAAUUCUGAAGAACUGUCGAAUUUGUGAAUUUUUCUCAUGGAAAAAUUACGAAUUUAUGAAAAGAUUGAUUUUGUCUUUUUUUUAAAGAGCAAAAGAGAAUCUUGAGAUAUGUAAAAAAAAAUAAAUUUAGAAAUUUUUAAGUAUCUAUAGAUAAAUAAUAAAAAAA